UCCCCGCCCCUCGCUGCGCGUUCACAGUGAUUAUCGGACACAGCGACGCGCUUCUCUGACACUAAUGACCGCGCGCGCGUCUCUCCUCGCGUUAAACGACAACGGGAACCUUCAAACGGAUUUACGAGCGAAACCACUGUUGAUUCCUGCGUUCUCUGACGGAGCUGCGCCGGGGGAAUGCGGAGCCACGGAGGCGAGCGAUAAAACGCGCAGGUGGGAUGUCGUAAAUCUGUCGGGUGACUCUGGUGCUGAUGGGAGCUGCUUUAGCAUCAUGAGCUGCCAUGAUGCCGGAGGGCGCCGGCGUUACGAGGACUCAGAGUUCACGUUGCACGUGUAUCCCGGCGCUCUGUCCGAGGGCACCAUCUACUGCCCCGUCUCGGCUCGGAAGGUGACGUCAGCGGCGGAGGUCAUCGAGCGCGUCAUCGAGCGGCUGCAGCUGGACCGCGCACGCUUCUACGUGCUCGCUGAGGUCAAGGAGUUCGGCGGCGAGGAAUGGAUCCUUAACCCAUGCGACUGUCCCGUGCAGCGCAUGAUGCUGUGGCCGCGCAUGGCGCUGGAGAACCGGCUGGCCGGAGACGAUUACCGCUUUCUGCUGCGCGAGAAGGAUCUGGACGGAUCCAUCCUCUACGGAAACCUGCAGAUGUGGCUCCGCGUAACUGAGGAGCGGCGGAGGAUGGUGGAGCGCGGACUCCUCCCGCAGCCUCCGUAUGUCAACGAUCUCUGCGCGCUGCCCGAUCUAAACGAGCGCACUUUGCUGGAGAACUUGCGCGGACGCUUUCGGCAAGAGAAGAUUUACACGUACGUCGGAGGGAUCCUGAUUGUCGUCAACCCCUUCAAGUUCCUGCCCAUCUAUAACCCCAAAUACGUUAAGAUGUACGAUAAGCAGCGGCUGGGGAAGCUGGAGCCGCACAUUUAUGCGGUGGCCGAUGCGGCGUAUCACGCCAUGCUGCAGAGGAGGAGGAACCAGUGCAUCGUGAUCUCAGGAGAGAGCGGAUCAGGAAAGACGCAGAGCACCAACUUCCUCAUCCACCACCUGACGGCGCUCAGCCAGAAGGGCUUCGCCAGCGGCGUGGAGCAGAUCAUCCUCGGGGCUGGACCUGUGCUGGAGGCUUUUGGAAAUGCCAAAACGGCCCAUAACAAUAAUUCCAGCCGCUUUGGCAAAUUUAUUCAAGUCAACUAUCAGGAGAGCGGGACGGUGAGAGGAGCGUAUGUGGAGAAAUAUCUUCUGGAAAAAUCCCGACUGGUUUAUCAGGAGCACAAUGAGCGGAACUAUCAUGUGUUUUACUACCUGCUGGCUGGAGCAAGUGAAGAAGAAAGAAAAGCAUUUCAUCUCCUUAAACCAGAGGAGUAUCAUUACCUGAACCAGAUAACAAAGAAAGUCCACAGACAGCACUGGGGAAAUUACUGUGAGACCGAGCUGGACUGUUUCACGGUGGAAGGAGAAGAUCUGAAGCAUGACUUUGAGCGUCUGCAGCUGGCCAUGGAGAUGGUGGGCUUCCUGCCGAUCACCAGAAAACAAAUCUUUUCCUUACUGUCUGCGAUUCUUCUGCUGGGAAAUAUCCGUUACAAGAAGAAGACGUACAGAGACGACUCCAUCGACAUCAGCAACCCAGAGGUGCUUCCUAUCGUCUCCGAACUGCUGGAGGUGAAGGAGGAGAUGCUUUUCGAGGCUCUGACCACACGGAAGACUGUGACGGUGGGCGAGAGGUUGAUCGUCCCGUACAAACUGGCCGAGGCGGGGACCGUGAGGGACUCGAUGGCCAAAUCUCUGUACGGCGCUCUGUUCGACUGGAUUGUCUUCCGCACAAACCACGCACUGCUCUACAACAAAGACCUGGAGGACUCAGACAAGAUCCUGUCCAUCGGUGUGCUAGACAUCUUUGGCUUCGAGGACUACGAGAACAAUAGCUUCGAGCAGUUCUGCAUCAACUUCGCCAACGAGACGCUGCAGCAUUACUUCAACCAGCAUGUCUUCAAGCUGGAGCAGGAGGAGUAUCGCUCGGAGGGCAUCAGCUGGCACAUGAUCGAUUACAUGGACAACACGGCGUGCAUCAACCUCAUCAGCAAGAAGCCCACUGCGCUGCUCCAUCUGCUGGAUGAGGAGUGCAAUUUUCCGCAGGCGUCUAAUCAGACUCUGCUGGAUAAGUUCAAGCGGCAGCACGAAGGAAGCGGCUACAUCGAGUUCCCAGCCGUCAUGGAGCCGGCCUUCAUCAUCCGACACUACGCCGGCAAAGUCAAGUACAGCGUCAAGGACUUCAGGGAGAAGAACACAGAUCACAUGCGUCCUGAUAUCGUGGCUCUGCUGAAGAGCAGUCGAAACGCUUUCAUCUGUGGCCUGAUGGGAAUCGAUCCGGUGGCCACCUUCCGCUGGGCCGUGAUCCGAGCUUACUUCCGAGCGCUCGUGGCCUUCAGAGCGGCCGGGAAACGGCACAAGGAGAAGACGACGACGACGAGCGGCUCUGAUGGUCCGGUUCAGACUCAGAAAAGUGUGGACAGCUUCAGUUUCCUGCAUCAUCCUGUUCACCAGCGGAGCCUUGAGAUCCUUCAGCGAUGCAAAGAUGACAAAUACAACUCGAGCAUGAGUCGGAGGGGUCCACGCUCUCCGCUGUCAGACCUGCAGGGAGCAAACAUGAGCAGGAGGAGCGAGCGCGUCUCCUCGCUCUCGUCUCAUGAGGAGGAGGGCAUCUUCAUCAGCUCGGUGGAUAAUAAACUGCUGGAGCGAGCGCAGGGCAUCCUGAUGAGAAGCAAGAACUGCAAGACCAAGCCCAGCCUCCCGAAGCACCUGCUGGAUGUGAAGUCUCUGAAGUAUCUGAGCGGCCUGACGCUCCACGACCGCAUCACUAAAUCACUGCUGCACCUGCACAAGAAGAAGAAGCCCCCCAGCAUCAGUGCACAGUUCAACGUGUCUCUGAACAAGCUGAUGGAGACUCUGGGACAGUCGGAGCCGUACUUUGUCAAAUGCAUCCGCUCUAAUGCGGAGAAGCUUCCUCUGCGUUUCAGCGACGCUCUGGUGUUGAGACAGUUACGCUACACCGGGAUGUUGGAGACGGUGAGGAUACGCCGCUCCGGAUACAGCGUCAAAUACAGCUUCCAGGAUUUUGCCCAUCAUUUCCGUGUGCUGUUACCCGCGGGCUUUCACUCCUCACAGACGGGGAUCAGACAGUUCCUGCAGAGCCUCGACCUCGAGCCCAACGGACAUCAAGUGGGCAGAAGCACGGUGUUCCUGCGGGAGCGUCUGCGUCAGCGUCUGCAGGAGCAGCUUCAUCAGGAGGUGUUGAGGAGGAUCGUGUGUCUGCAGAGGAGCUUCAGGACGCAGCAGGAGAGGAGACGCUUCUGCAGACAGAGACGAGCUGCCACACUCAUACAGCGCUGGUGGAGGGCGUGUGUGAGCGGCGCUGACGCUGAGCUCCAGCAGGGGGCGGCGCUGUGUCUGCAGACGGCCUGGAGAGGCUUCAGAGAGCGCCAGCUGUUCCUGCGGCGGAGGAGAGCGGCGCUGAUCAUCCAGACGUGCUGGAGGAGAGUCCUGCAGACUCGACACUUGGCCGCGCGCCUCAUACAGUCCGUCUGGAGGAGCGUCAGACAGAGACGCAGCUUCCUGCAGCAGCGCCGCGCCGCCGUCACACUACAGGCCGCCUGCAGGGGGCAGCGCGAGCGACACAGGUGCCGCAUUCUUCGAGAGCAGCGACGUGGAGAGAAAAGCCUCUGUGAAAACAUCACAAACAACACUGUGAGCAAAAGUUUACACGCCCAGCAAAACCCAACCGAAGUCCGAGAGGAGAAAGGAGAAGCUCCCAGAAGCGUAGACGACAGUACGCUGAGGAGCCGCUCCAAACGUGAAAGCAGGAGGCAGCGGGAGCUCCAGCAAGCCACCUUCAGUUUAGAGCUGCUCAAAGUGCGCUCGGCUUCAGUGGACGACGUGCUUCCCGCUCAGAUCCCGCUCUCCAGACAUCUUCCCUCGGAGAGCCAAGACGGCUUCGAGCUCCUCGGCCUUCCUGACGAGGAACCGGCGGCGUCCGAUCCCGAUCCGAACUCGAGUCUUAAACCUCUCUUCUACAUCGCAGACGAGGACAGCAGCCCGGCCAAACACGCUCUGGAGAACAAGGAGUCAGCGGUGGAGAUGGAGAUGGACCACAGCAGCCUCCAAGCUCUGCAGACUCCUGAGACGAUGGACACAGACGAGAGUCACAGAGAAACCGACGACAGAUCGAAUGGACUGUGUUCUCCAGAUCCUCCUGAGCCUCAAACCAUCACGUCGUCGUCUUCCAAACCCCUCCAGCUGGACUCGAGGGACUCGGUUCGUGAAGCGUCUCCAGAGCCCAAGAAGGAGGUUCAGAAGAAGUUUAUUGCUCAGAGCGUCAGUACGAAGGAGAAAGCCUUCUCUCGCAGCCGACUGACCUUCUCCAAGUCUGAUAAAGACCUGGUGAAUCAGGAGCGAUCACUGGCGAUCCAAAGAGAGGCAGAAUUCAGAUCGUUUAAACACAGAGAGUCGUCUCAGAAAGAGCAGAAGAGGAUCCAGAAGACCAUGUCGUCCGGGGACCUUGGGAAGAUGGAUUCGCUCAGGAAGUCAAUCUCACAAACCGACAGCAGGGUCAGAGGUAAAAUGCGGUUCUGGAGUAAGAGCAAACAUGGAGAUAAGAAGAUGUCCACCAGGGGGCGCUCCGCAGAUUCAGAGCUCAACGACGCGAGGAACGACUAUCCUCGGGGAAGCCGAGAGCAGGCCGGCCUGUCGGAGCUGGGACGCGACAGCAAGGAGAACCGUGAGCCGAUGAUGAGCAUGAUGUCGAUGAAGAGGAGACGCAGUGUGAAGAUCAGUAGCGUGUCUCUAGAAUCGUCCGCCUGGCAGAACGACUCGCUGCACAUCCUCACCAGCACUGCAGACUAUCGCAGCAUGAACGACUUCCUCAUGAAGAAGAUCAGCGAUCUAGACGCUGAAGCCAGUCAGAAGGACACACCUGUGGAUGUGGUUUUCAAGAAGGCCCUAAAAGAGUUUCGCCUCAACAUCUUCAACUCGUACUCGACUGCUCUGGCCAUGGAUGAUGGCAGGAGUAUUCGUUAUAAAGAUCUCUACGCUCUGUUCGAACACAUCUUAGAGAAGAACAUGCGUCUGGAGCAGAGAGACUGGAGCGAGUCGCCCGUUAAAGUCUGGGUCAACACCUUCAAAGUCUUCCUCGACGAGUUCAUGACGGAGUACAAGCCAAUGAAUGGAACCAUCAGCAAGGCUCCUAAACCUGAGAGAAAGAAGAGGAGGAAAAAGGAAUCGGACACCGUGGAAGAGCACAUGGGUCACAUCUUUAAAUCCACUCAGUACAGCAUCCCGACCUACUGCGAGUUCUGUUCCUCUCUCAUCUGGAUGAUGGACAAAGCGUGCGUCUGCAAACUCUGUCGCUAUGCGUGUCACAGGAAGUGCUGUUUGAGGAUGACCACCACAUGCAGUAAGAAGUUUGACCCCGAGCUGUCUUCACGGCAGUUUGGAGUAGAGUUGUCUCGUUUAACGAGCGAUGAGAGAGCCAUCCCGCUGGUGGUGGAGAAGCUGAUCAACUACAUCGAGAUGCACGGUCUGUACACCGAGGGCAUCUACAGGAAGUCUGGAUCCACCAAUAAAAUCAGAGAACUCAAGCAGGGGCUGGACACCGAUGCGAACAGUGUGAAUCUCGACGACUACAACAUCCAUGUGAUCGCCAGUGUGCUGAAGCAGUGGCUGCGUGACCUUCCCAACCCCCUCAUGACCUUUGAACUCUACGAGGAGUUUCUCAGGGCUAUGGGUCUGCAGGAUAAGCGUGAGGUGGUUCAGGGGGUGUAUUCGGUCAUCGAUCAGCUCAGCCGAACUCAUCUGAGCACACUAGAGAGACUCAUCUUCCACCUGGUCCGGAUCUCAUUCCAGGAGGAGACGAACCGCAUGUCUGCAAACGCACUGGCCAUCGUGUUUGCACCCUGCAUACUGCGCUGUCCCGACACCACCGACCCGCUACAGAGCGUCCGCGACAUCAGCAAGACCACCGCGUGUGUGGAGCUGAUCAUCUGUGAGCAGAUGAGGAAAUAUAAAGCUCGUCUGAAGGACAUCAACACACUGGAGUUUGCUGAGAACAAAGCCAAGAGUCGCCUGACACACAUCCGGAGGUCCAUGAAACCAGUAUUAAUUGCGGUUAGGUUUAUUGGCAUUUCCAGAAGUGCCCCUGCGCCAAACGCAGUGAAGAAGGGUAAGACACGUUUACGCAAAAGUGGCCUCCACACGCCCUCGCCUCCGCUGAGCCCUCGGGCCGAGAGGGCGGAGCCAGACGAGGAGGGGGCGGAGCCAGGGCUGAGUGAGCAGCAGCAAGCAGCCAUGCAGCAGGAGGAGAACGUUUUGACUCAGCAGAUAGAAAACCUGCAGAAAGAGAAGGAAGAACUGACCUUUGAGAUGCUGGCUUUGGAUCCCAGAGCGUCCGAUGACGAGAUGCUGGAGUCGGAAGCAUCGAUCGGAACAGCAGACAGCUCGGAAAACCUGAUGGAGUCGGAAGGUGCCGCGUCCGAUCAAUGGGAAAAGAGCCCCGGUGCGUCAUCAGCGACACGCUGGAGGAAGUCCGAGUUCAAAAGCAGGCGUGGUUUACGCCGUCAGCCUGAAUCUCUGGACUCGGUGGACUCGGCCGUAGCCUCGCUGUCCUCUGUGUCGUCCACACCUCACUAUCGCUUUCGCUCGUCCUCUUCCGGGCCGCUGUUUUCAUCCACCUCUCCAGGGGACUUGCACAUCCUCCCCGACCAGGAGGGCUCCGAACGGGCUUCCCUGACCACUCGAUGUGCCUCCAGCUCCGAGAAAACCCCUCCCCGGCCCAGAGGGAACCGAAGCUGUCCUCCGAAGCCCCGCGAGCCGGGAGAAGCCGGCAGCGGCGGCCGGAGACGAGAGCGUGACUUCGGAUCUUCUCAGCCUUUGGUGCUGUAUGGGAGUAACGAAUUUAUGGUGUGACGACGAAGGUGUCCAACAUUAGCCAGAGCUGGUAACGCAGAAACACCAAUGGAUGUCCUGAACGAGAAAAUGCUUGGAAACCAGCCUUCAAUUGCUCGGCCUUCCAGUGAACUAAAUGUGAGGAAGGUAUUAAAAAUGAUGACCUACUGACCUGCUGGACCGGUCUGUUUUCACAACAAGAAUAGCUGAACAGGGAAAGAGUGAUUUUUAAUGUCCAUUUUCAUGUUUACAGAACUGAGCCAAUGAGAAGUCAAGCCACUUCAACUGACUGCAUGCCGUAUUGCUACCAUAUUGUUUUCACUCUACGAUUAAAACCUUUGAUAAAGUGCUAAAUAUGUAAAAUAAUAUUAUAUUAUUGAUAAGGGUGGAACGAAUCAUGUAAAUAGCUGAAAUCCCUGUGCUGCUGGUUGAACCAUGUGAAAAUAAUUUCUCUUUGUGUUGCAGAUUGAAAACUAGAGCGUGUGAAUCUGGUGUGUGUGUGUGUGUGUUUCUUAUGGGUCUGACAAAAACGCACACAAUUUGGGUCUAAUUUCAUCGCAUUUUUGCAUAAUGCAAACAAAUCUUGGUUUUCUAUGCAAAAUCGGUGAAAUCUGACCCGUGCAUGUGCUUUAACUCACGUUUUUGGCUUUUUUGGUUUCAGGAACACGUUUUCCAUUCAGAUGAAAAAGAAAAAGGAUGAUAAGGGAUGAAAAGUCAGAUCAGAUGUGUGUUUCUCUGUAGUUUUACUCGCCAUCUUUUUUUUUUUUUUACAUCAGUGUUAUGUGCAACCAAAUCAGGACUUGAAAAUAUAUUUAGUUUUUUUGGUGAAUUGUUUUUUUUAAGUAUAUUGUGUUUUACACAUGCUGAUAUUUUAUUGUGAAUUUCAAGUGUAUGAAUAUUUCUGGUGUUUCAUUGUGCCAUCUGGAGUCACUUGUUUAGUUUGCCAUAACAUCCUUUAUGUUUAAAAACUUGGAUUUAAUUUAGAGCUGAUUCA